CGUUGUGGCUUUGGUAUGUGAAAACGCCAUCAUGACACUUGGUGGGAUUGGAGUGGCGCUCGUUGGCUCGAAAGACGUACCGGAUAUGGUUCUUCAGAUUUUCUUGCAAAGAUUUGCGAAUCCUCCUUCCCCUCUUGACAAUGUGAUGGUUCGCUGUUUGGCGAAUAUGUGGAUAGCUGGUGCGCGAUCCAUCUAUGACGGUGUGAUGAAGUUGUUCACACAGAUUUCAAUUGAAUCGAGCAAUCGUGUCUAUUCGCAAGAGCCAGUGUCUGCAGGAGAACAUCGAUAUGCGCAUGUUUCGUUGAGCGUGGACACAGCAUUAGGCCGUAUGGCUGAUGGGGUGGCUGAAGGUGAAGAUCAGCAGGCGCUACUUGUGCGGCUACUUGAACUGUUCGUCCAGCUUGGUAUUGAAGGACGACGUAUUGGAGAGAAAGUGUCUAAAAGCACAGUCAAGGACCUGCUUGAAGAACAGCGAAGGCAGCACAAAGAACUGGUUCAGAUGCUCUUGCACCGUGUGGAAGAUGGAGCUGGAGACCGAGCCAGGACUGAAGAAGUUUCAACGCCGAACGUGAUGGCCGCAUUGAGUAACCGGAUCGAAAAAUGGUACUCAAGGUACAAGGAAGUGUUCACAGAAGAUGCACGACAACUUCCUAAGGCGGCAAGGUGUUACUUUUGGGAAGUACCAGCGACACGUGUUACCCAAGAAACUGUCGACUAUCUGAGCCACUUGUUCGACUUAAAAUCAUCCGAGUUCACAACCAAAUACCAAUGUUUGGAGCUUGAGAAGAGCGACCACGAAGACUACCUUGCCUAUACAGAUUCGGACGGUAUAAAGUGCUUGCUUUGGAUAUUCGGUCUGAAUUCUAAGUCAGAAGCAGAAAUUCGGCAACGCCUCAUCGCAAUACUCGACAGAGAGUAUAAAGCAGGUCGAAAAAUUCCUUUACACGAGUUAUACCAAGAAUGUGAGAAUUUUCUGAAUCCCAAAAGAGAUUGUGAAGCUAUCGCCGGAGAUGUCAAAGCCGUCAAAGAAACAGUGAAAGAAGAUCCAAAGCUCAUUGUCUGUUGGAACUGUGAAGGAAAGCACUACGCCAGAGAAUGUAAAAAGAAGUUGUGGUUCUGCAAAAAGUGUUGGACAAGUGGCCACAGAGAGAAAUUCUGCGAAGUUGCAUAUCAGAAGGGAACAGCUAAGCGUAGUAGGACUUCAAAAAGGAGUCAUCACCGCAACGACAAAAAGAAGCAUUCGAAGCAAGAUACCAAGAGACAUGUUCGGUGUUCAAAGAUUUCAAAUGCGUCUGCAAAUGUUAGCACUACAAGGAUGUACGUCGAGGUAGUUGUGAACAAGCAUUCAGUUGGAUUCCUACUGGAUACGGGAUCAGACAUAACGUUACUAAAUGAAGAUGUCUGGAAGAAAAUGGGAUUCCCGAAGCUGGAAAAGACAAACAUUACUGUGAAAAAUGCCAGCGGUGAUCGCAUGAAGAUCCGAGGAAAACUAAAGAUACGCCUACGGGGCACCGUAUCACUCGUAAAUGGGACUCGAGUGGAUACAAAGCAACGAAGAGAUGCAGCAUCACUUGGAAAUGAUGGUUGCAGAGAUCGAAACAAAACGAAGCUCCCACGAGGAAAAAAGCUGAAGAAAAAGUAUGCUGACGUAUUCAGCGAAGGUCUUGGACUCUGCACGAAAGAAAAAGCAGACCUUAUACCCCUACCCAAUACUCGCCCCGUACUCCGUUGUUGUCGUCCCGUUGCCUACGCUGCCCUAGAGUCCUUACCACUAACUCACCAAGAUGUCAAGCUCUGCACGGAACAAGACCCACUGCUAAGAAGAAUCAAGUCAUUGAUCAAGCAUGGGAAAUGGCCAAAGAACGAUCAUAAGUGGUCUCCAUUCCAGGCAGGAAAGGAGACUUUAUCGCCCGUCCAAGGAUGUCUUAUGACUGGAGAAAGGACUCCGGCAGAGCUGUUUCUCGGAAGAAAAAUUCGUACUCGACUCAGCAUGCUGAUGCCAAUGCCGGUAGGCACAGAUGAUCCCUUCUCAGAACAAAGGCGAGAGUACAUGAAACAGCAGUUUGACAGAAGACAUGGUGCGACUAAAAGGAACUUUGCCGUUGGAGAAGCCGUUUAUGCUCGACAAUGGAAAUCAUCAAAAUUCGUGCCUCGGAUCAAUAAAUUAGGUGAAGUAAACGAAGUGGAUGUGAAUGGAAAAUUGGUGAAGAAACACGUAAAUCAACUCAAACGUCGUCAUGUAGACAAACCGACAAGUAACAGAAGUUCGAUGUUGAAAACGCUACUGGAUAUAUUUGAUCUUCGCGACGAUCAGCAGAUACCUACAGAGAAAUCAACAGACCAGUCUGCGACUGUUGAGGCAGAGAAAAUGGAUAUCCAGACAAGUGGAGAUCGACGACGUACACCGAGUCCGGAACCACCACCACCGUUAAGAAGAUCAAUACGAACGAGAAGACCUGUUGAGUGA